GGUGUGUUUUAUUGCAGGGAAACUCGGUCGCUUUCCACCAAGGAUGCAUUACCAGGCAACUCCCGACAGCCGAGCUGCCCCUCCUUUCCCAAGGUCUCACCUUGCUGAAGCAGUCGCCAAGGCCAAGGCUGGAGGAAGUGGUGGAAGCGCUGGUGGAGCUGGGAGAGGUCUUGUGGGGCAAAUCAUCCCUAUAUAUGGAUUUGGCAUCUUCUUGUACAUCUUGUAUAUUUUAUUUAAGCUGGCUUCCAAGGGAAAAACUACCCCUGGAGAACGGAAAUGCCUUCCUGCUGCACCUGGAAAUAUGAAGAGGAAAAUCACUGACUAUGAGCUCACCCAACUUCAGGAAAAGCUGAGAGAGACUGAAGAAGCUAUGGAAAAGUUAAUCAACAGAGUAGGCCCUAACUGUGACAGGGCUCAAAAUGUUACAACAGACCAGGAAAAAAGGUUACUUCAGCAACUCCGUGAAAUUACUAGAGUUAUGAAGGAAGGCAAAUUCAUAGAUGGCAUCUCUCCUGAGAAAGAAGCUGAAGAAGCUCCUUACAUGGAGGACUGGGAAGGUUACCCAGAAGAGACGUAUCCCAUCUAUGAUAAUUCCGAUUGCUUUAAGCGCAAACAAGACACAAUCCUUGUAGAUUAUCCCGAUCUGAGCCAGCCCUCUGCAGAAGAACUGGCAGAAAGAAUGGAGGGCAUGGAAGACAACGAGUACCUGUGCAGUGAAGCUCUGCUCUCUGAUCUCACCAUGGGAAGGGACAGUUAUGAUUCAAGGCAGAAAAAAGAUGAGGUAGCUGGCAUCAGUGAAGGGGAGAAGGACCUUCAACACAGCCAAAGCACUGAGGAGUGCUGUUAUUGUUACGAGGAGGAGGAUGAUCCUGCUAUAAUAGCAGAAAAUGCUGUAUUUCAUUCUGAGAGCUGCAGCGAAGCGGAAGAGGCAACCCCAGAGGACCUGUUCACAGAGUUUGAAAAUGAAAAUGCAGCACUGAAAAAUCAAAAAGCCAGUGAUUCAGAUGAAACAGGCACGCUGAGAAAGCGCAACACAAAAGGACUUGAGUAAUAGUGACAAUAUGUGGAUGCCAUCUAAGUGGUGACAGUAAAGGUCAGAAACCGUCAAUUUGUGUUUUUUGUCCCUAAAGAACAGUAAUCCUUUAUUCUCCUUGUACUAACUUCAUUCCCACAGUAACAGUCACACUCUCUACCUGAACUGGAAGCCAUUGCCCUCUUUCAUGCAGCUCUUCUCAGUUCAUUGCUGCUUUGCAGAGAGCACUUUGUCAUUGCUUUUAGGGACUGAUACACUGAAGCAGGUCAUUCCAUUCACGUAUUUGUGUUUUUAUUUCUUUCCAAUUUUGAACAAGCAGUUCUUAUUUUUUUUUCUUGUUCAAGAGUAAACAAAUUAUCUCUUUUAUCA